GAUUUUGUUCAGUCUACCGCGAUUGACUCGACUGUGCGGUGGGUUAAGCUUCUUAAACGUGUGAAAUUCCAAACGCUUGGACUUCAGUGUCGGAGCAACUGGGUCCACAGCCGGUAAACCGUCUCGAAUUAUUAAGAAAGGAAUGUAACCUCUAGUGACGGCUUAUGAACACCAUAAGUCGUUCAAUUGUCGCGCUUCAGCCCUGUCUUUAUUCGUCAAGAGAAAGCCCAACCUCAGACCUGCAGCAUCGAAUUGGCUCAACAAUAAAUCACUAGCAAGAGGCGACAGGGUCUUCGAUUAUCGAUGGGUUGAGAACGCCAAGUAAUUUCCUCCUUUCUAUCUUUCUCCCUUUUUUGUCGAUCCGUCUCUGUCUUUUUAUUUCAUUUCCAAUUUUCCCUCUCUCUUUCUCUUUUUUAUUCUGUCUCCUUUCGAUACUAUAAACACCAAUUUCUUCCUGCCCUAUUCGUAAUUACAAUUACCAAGGUGGUUAGCUCACCGAUGAGCAAUGCUGAAGGUCGUGGGGGCCUCCUGGCUUCAAACCAGGAUUUCUACCUAUAUUCUCGUUGCCGUUGGCCUUCUGGGCAUCGGCGCCGUUCUGAUCGGAGAAUUUGGCAGAGAUCAGAAAGAUGGAACAUACUCAGCAACUGUUUUUUGGAAUCCCAAAGGCAGAUAUUAUCGAAUCGACUUCUGGGGCCAAGGAAAUAAUCUUGUUUCUGUGUCGAAAGGAGCUGCAAGGGCUUACUAUAAAACAAGAAUUCAUGAAACUGGAUGGUCCAUUAUAGAAAUUGAAACAUCGUCAUCCUAUCCGGACUCUGUACAAGCCUACGCAGCUGGUUUUCUCGAAGGGAGUUUGACUUGGCAGUUGAUACAUCAUCACUGGCACAACACUAUCGGCAAUGUUUGUUCCCUAGAAGAGAACGAGCAACAAUGUUUCGUUACAAGGAAAGAGCUUAGAGAAAACGCAGCUGUUGUACGGGAAAGAGCCAAAUUGUUAGCAUCCGAAGAUCCGUUUUGGCACAUGGUCCAUUUAUUUUACGCCCAAUUGGAUGGUAUGGAGGCUGGUUGGCUGUUUGCAGUCCGCCGCAGUCGUCGACCUGUCCAUAUUGAACCCGAAGAUUUUCUGUGGCUCGCAAUGGCAUCUGAGAUACCGAAUGAAUUAUUUACAAUCCCAUCCAAUAACAAAUCAUCGGGACUGAGCGAGGAAAGGGAAAUGUCUUCGAGCGCAAGCAAUAAUGGCGUCAUAUUUGUCAAAUCUUUAGAUCGGUCGAUCAAUGGUCUCGAUCCACUCAUCACCUUUGCACAAAACACCGUGGCCCCGUACUCAAAAAUGCUUCGUUUACUCAAGAGGUACACGUUUGGUUAUCAUCUUUCUGGAAGUAAACAUUCACCUCGUGCCCCAACACGUUCGAUCUCCAUGUCAUCAUAUCCCGGAGCAUUGUCAUCUCACGACGAGUAUUACGUGGUUCAGGGCGGCAGAGACAAAGACGAAACUUUCAUUCUGGCCUCAUUACCACUUCAAAAUUCAUUAAUAACAAACAUUUCGGCAUCUUCAAAGCCAUCAGAUUCGGACGUACAGGAAAAGAAUAAAGACAAUGAUCAGGAGGAAGUAAAGAUUUCAAAUAUUCAAGGGGUUAUGUCGCCGGUUCGAAUAAUGUCGGCAAAUAGAUUGGCAACGGAGACAGAAUCGUGGUUGCGAUUCUUGGCUCGUGGGAAUCUAUCGGAUGAGACUAAAAGUAGCACUGCAAAUUUGCAGUGGGUGACAUUAACACCGAACGACUCUUCGAUCUGGUUAGUCGAACAGCAAAGCUCAACUAUCCGAGCUUUCGAUCUGACGAAUGAUUUUCUAAAAAACGGUUUUGUUUUUUGUAACGGCGAGUCAAUUAUGAAAACAGGAUUGCCAGAAGAACGGCAUAAAAAUAAUAGCAACAGUAAUAACAGCAGUUUUAUGCCUGGACUGCGCCAUCACUCGGAUGCGGACGUUAAUAACUUUUUCUCAGAAAACGUAACGAGCGUUGAUGCCAUCAGGAAUCUCAUGCGUGGUUCUGAUGCGACGUAUUUCGACAAUGAUUUCAACGAAAACCGUAAAAAUACUUCUUUGACAAAUCCCAAUUCGGAUGAAAAACAUGAACCUCCUUUUGAGAACUUUUAUAGUCUUUCUACAAAAUUUAUUUUUCGAGGCGAUCUCGAAAUGCCGUCAAAACCAAUCGGUACAAUUGACAAUAAAAUGAUUCUCGUUACGGCCAAUAGCGUCGAAAGUUUCGAAGCCAGUUGCGGCCCGCCCUUUGGCUACGAAACCGGCGGCUCUCGCGUUGAGCCUUUCGAUUGGUCAAAAUCUUUUUACAACUUGUCACGAAUCGGCCAACCUAAUAAAUUUCAAUUUGAAAGCGUUAUUCCAAAAUGGGUUUGGUUUUAGAAUAAAAUAAUAAGUAACACCAACUUUUCGAUUAUUAGCAGUGCUCUAAUUUUUUUGACUGAUAUAUUUAUAUCUUCAUUUAUGCGGUUUUGAGAACCGCGAUUUUUUAGACAAUUUUUACGUCCUCCACGACUUUGAACGCAAAACCAUGCGCGACGGUAAUCAAAAUAUUGAAAAAUAUUGUGUAUACUGCCUUAUGAAAACAAUAAACGAUUACUGUCGCGUCUCUUUCUA